AAGCGAAACUGACUGCAAUAUUCUUUUUUGAGAAUAAAAUUUUAACACUUUGAGUUUAAAAGACGAUGGGCCUGUGAUUUAUCCAAAAGUUGCUAAUACAUUGUAGGCAAUAUAAUUAUAUCAUUUAUUUUUAAGAAUACAAUGAGCAACUUGAAUAUUAAUGUGCCUGAUCAAAAUGAUUCGAACGAAACUGUACUUCAAGAAAAACCUCGAAAAGGAUGGGUUAAAUUUGAUGAUGAAAGCCCGUCUGCACAAUCUGGUAUACCUUUAGAAGAAUCCAGUUUGUCAACGAGUAUUGCCUCUGAUAACGUGGCUUCAACUUCAAGUAAUCCUCCGCCGGCUGUAUUAAAAACUGAAUCGGUGCAUGUUAAUUUGGAUCGCAGUGACAGGGUAUCAGACCAAAUCACACAGGCUACUUCCACAAGAAAUGUUGAAUUAGUCAACGUUCGUCAUGGCUUUAGUAAUGGAGAUAUCAUUGUAACUGUACUACCUGUAAAUUCAAAGUGGCCAUGGCUUACCCCAGCUAGAUUCCGUCCAGAAUUGGUUCCUGAAGAGUUAAUGGCUCAAGGAUUUACAUUGACUGUUGAAGAAUAUGUACAUGCUAUGGAGUUGCUCGUUAAUGAUGGCCGUUUCACUAUGUACAAUAUUUGUUAUAAAAGAGUACUAGUAUGUUGGAUAACUUUGGCUUUUCUAGUACUACUGGCACUUUUAUUUUCUGGAUUGACAGGCUUAAUAUUAUUUUCUCUUGGUGUUUUGUGGUUAAUUUUAAAUGCAGCUGCCAUAUUUUUGUGUAUGUGGGUAAAAUUAAAACUUUCAAAAGGUUUAGAACAAUGUUUGGCUAGUGUCAAUAAGCUCCUUACCAAACAUAAACUUAUAAUAACUUUAGAUGACAGAGGCAAACUAUCAUGUCACAAAGUUAACCUCUGUUUCUUAUAUUUUGAUUCUGGGCCAUGCAUAGCACAUAUUCAACAGUUUAUUGAUAGUGAAGAGGGUAGAACUAUAAUGGAAGGUUGGGAGCAGAGAUUGGAUGUAACAGCAAGUGACAUUGUUAUCCAAGGUGCACAAUCAACAAGAUUAUCACGUAAACAGGGUAUGGCUGAGCAAGUGUACCUUCGGUACCUGCAGCGAUGGGGCAAAGAUUACUUGCGACGUCGACUCGACUGGACGCUAGAUGAAGACGGUGGUAAUCCUGCGGCCCCACGCCACUUGACCCCGGCGCUCUGCCCUUGUCAAUACAUUGAGGAAGUAUUGCGGAACAAAGAACCUAAAGAUAACCGCGCAUGUUGUCCGCUCUGCAACCACUGGCUCAGGCGCCGUGGCCUGGAUUGAUUGUAUUUGACGUUUGGAACGUGCUGCACUUCUCUAUUUACGUUACGUCGGUAGAUGGGGAGCGCGUGCUGUAAAAAAUAAAUUGAAUCUCGGCAGUAUGGUUCCAGGUAGACACGGUGAAAAGUAUGUCUGUCCGUGCCAAUUUAUAGAGGAGCAUCUUCAAACAAAGCCACCAGCAGGUAUAGCUAAAUAUUUUCAAACGUCCAAUCAAAUUCUUCAAUGGUCAGUUUAAUAACACAACAUCAGUUAGGUUAACAAAUGUUGUAAAAAGAAUAAUUUCAUGUAAAUGAAACUCUAUGCUAAGUGUUAUUAUUAAUCUUAAUAUUAGUCAAAUAAGUAUUAUGAAUUUUUAUUCCGUCCCUUAUACCCAUCAGUAUCAAGAAUAUAUUUACUUAUAACUUUUUUAUAUAUUUUACUUUUUGUAAGUGCCUACAUUUAAGUCGAAAAUGAUAAACUUAUAUUAACUGUAUUGCACAUUCCUUAUCUAGAUAUUUUCUUGUUUCGUGAAUUUCUACUAUUUUUUACAUUGCACGGUCCGCGUGUUAUAAAUAUUGCUACAUUUACAAAGCUAUUACAUGUCCUCGUGUAAAAUGAUAUUAGCUUAUGGGCAUUGUAGGAAACUGAAUCCGCAGCUAUUCUGCCAUAUAUUUCAUAUUUAAUAGGUAUAUGAUAAUUUUACCAUUUAGUGCAUUCCAUUGACUAUUUAUCGUUUGCUCAUAAAUCCUCGACCUAAGUGAGGUGAUAAUGGACGGGCCUUACGACACAGUACUUUUAACCCUUAUUUGUUCACUAUUUCUAACACAAAAUUAUUGUGUUGAUCUUCAUUCACAUUGAGUCCAUUUUGUCGGCGCAUGAAUGAAACGGUAAUUAUCACUACAGCUAGAAUAAUAA